UGUUUGUCAAGAGAUCAGAGGAACAUGGCUUCAUCCUUUCUGAGCUUCUCCCUCCUCUUCAUCACUGUCUACACAGCAGAUGGAUUUAUGCAUUAUGUGGAGACCAGCUGUGAGUUUAACACCACUAAGCUGGAGGACAUCAGGUUCAUCCAGUCUUAUUAUUACAACAAGUUGGAGUACACCAGGUUUGACAGCAGUGUGGGAAAGUAUGUUGGAUUCACUGAGUACGGAGUGAAGAACGCAGACUACUGGAACAACAUUCCUUCACAGCUGGCUCAGGCGAAAGCUCGGAGGGAGACGUACUGCCUAAACAACGUUAAGAUUGACCACCAGGCUGCUCUGACUAAGUCAGUGAAGCCCUACGUGGUCCUGGACUCUGAGACUCCCCCUGGUGGUAAACAUCCCUCCAUGUUGGUCUGCAGCCUCUACAGCUUCUACCCCAAAACGAUCAUAGUGAAAUGGCUCAGAGACGGACAGGAAGUCACCUCUGAUGUCACUUCCACUGAGGAGAUGGCAGACGCUGAUUGGUACUACCAGAUCCACUCCCACCUGGAGUACACGCCCAGGUCUGGAGAGAAGAUCUCCUGCAAGGUGGAACACGCCAGCCUGAGAGAGCCUCUGAUUACUGACUGGGAUCCGUCCCUGCCUGAGUCAGAGAGAAACAAGAUCGCCAUCGGAGCGUCAGGACUGAUCCUGGGUCUGAUCUUAUCUCUGGCUGGAUUCAUCUACUACAAGAGGAAGUCCAGAGGACGGAUCUUGGUCCCCUCUAACUGAUCCUGAUCCUGGUCCUGGUCCUGGUCCUGAUCCUGGUCCUGGUCCUGGUCCUGGUCCUGGUCCUGGUCCUGGUUCUGGUUCUGGUUCUGGUUCUGGUCCUGAUCCUGGUCCUGGUCCUGGUC